GCGCAGAAUUAAAGUCAAUAUCAAUAUUUCCACUAUAAAGAUAUCUUUGAGUAUUAAGCUUAACUGAGUUUGUGCUAGUGCACUGCAAGUUCCGAUAGUUAUGAGCCUGGGGUCCCUGUGAACGAAGCAAGUCGAUAUUUGAAGCUAUUCACAGUGCCAAUCCUCAAUUUGGAACAAAUUUGGAAGCGUGUAUAAAGAGCAUCGACCCCAUCUCCAACAGUUAUAUUCGAUUGUGAUUCGGUUCGAAUUAGUCCCAAAACAGCUACCUCGGAUAUUAGCUAUGGACGUGAAAAAGAACGCGAUAAUCCUGAAGUCAUCGGAUAACUAAAGAAAGUGGAUCGAACAACUUAGAUCAGAGGCCUCAAAGGAAAAUGUGUGGGAAUAUGUCGAUCUAAGUCCAAACCGUAUGAUAUAUAACCCUGCACCAACAAAACCUAUCGAACCUACCUAUCUAGUAUACGAAGCCAAUCAAACAGUGGAGCAAAAGAACUUGAUGCUCACUGAAUUUCAAAUUGCAUGGAGUAUAUACGAACGAAAACUUAAUCGAUACGAGAAGCAUCAAAAAUAUAUGAAGGAAGUGCAAUUGUAUGUUCUUGAUACCGUUGAUAUUGGACAUCAACCUCUGAUACGGAACAUCAGCGACGUUACGGAAAUGGUUCUAAAGCUCAAAGAGAAGUUUGCACUAAAGCUGAAUAGAGAGAAAGCCUUGCUAAUAAGGCGACACUGAGAACUUAUGAAUCCGAAACGAGGAAUGAAACCCAAGGAAUUCUUGAAAAAAUAGCAAGAGCUCAAAGUGGACAUAGACCUUGCUGAUUUCAGUGAGAUUCCAGAUGAAUAGUUAGCUAGAGAUUUUAUCGAGGCAUUGGAAGAUAUUCUACCUAAAUUUCACAAGACGUGGACCAACAAGCUCAUGGAAUUCGACCUUGGCAUUGAAUCAAGUAUUCUACUUAAAGAACCUCAAUUCAACGAAGUAAUCAAUGUAUUUGAUCUUUGGAAUGAGAUGUACUCCAAAACAACCUUACCCUCUCGAAAAGAUAUUGCAAUGGCGACAUUUGGUGACAAAUCCGAUCAACCUAAAAAGAAUCAGCGUAGCGAAACAACGUCAAAGCCUGAGUCUCGAAAGUGCUUAUGUGAGCAAGAUCAUCAUUUCGAAGAUUAUCUAUAUGUGAAUAUAGAAAAACGCAAGGCUCUAAGGUCUGUUAAAGAAGAACUUCAGAAGAAAAAUAAGGACAAAAAGAAAACUGGUUCUUCAACAGACACAAAGAAGAAUAGUGAGAACCAAGAAUCAGCAAAUUUGGUAUAUGAUUCAGACGAGUUUGUGGGAUUGCUCAAUGAUACAAAGCCACCGGUCCUACAGAGUGUGGUUAGCACUAUAUUAUCCGCCUUAGGCAGGAAUGCUGACCUAUGGGAUAAGACCUUAUAUGACACUGGAGCGACAGCCCACAUCACCAAUAAUUGA